UCAGAUACCACAUUUGGUAGGGAGGGACUUAUUCAGCAAUAAAUAGUGCAUAAUUUCUGAGCACAAUCUUAGUCAACUAGACACUCUUCAUAGACUGCUGAAAACUGCUGAAUUGUGAAGGUCUUCUGUGACGUUGAUAAAUUGAUGGAUUUCAGGAUGGCCAUCCAUGUGAUUUUGUUACUACCACUUUUUACUGGGCUGUGUGUCGCUGAUUUGAAAGGGAAUAUUGCUCUUAAUGCCAGAGUGGCGCAGUCCUCCUUAGGACACCCACAGGGAGAUGCUGAACAUGCAGUAGAUGGAAACAGAGACUCAAAUUACGCGAAGGGCUCAUGCACUCACACUAAAACUGAGUUUAACCCAUGGUGGAGAGCUGACCUUGGAAACGUCUACAGUAUAAGCAAUGUUUCCAUCAGUAAUCGUGGAGACUGUUGCAAAGAACGACUCAGAGGAGCUCAGAUUCGGAUUGGUAACAAUCUGGAGAACAACGGAAACAACAAUGAGCUGGUUGCAACUGUUCUCACUGUUCCUGAUAGCACAGUAACGUUUGAGUUUGAGCCUGUUAAUGGCCGAUAUGUCAACAUUUUUUUACCUGGGAACGAUGAAAUCCUUACUCUGUGUGAAGUCGAGGUGUUUGCAGAAGAGGACAAACCAUUGUACAUUUGUGUUCCAAGGAAUCUUGCUCUUGGAGGCAAAGCUGUUCAGUCCACCACAUUCACUGAUUCACAAAAUGCUAAAAAUGCCAACAAUCACAAAAUGAAUUCCAUUCACGCGCUCGGGUCAUGCAGCAUGACUAAUGGGGACAAGGACCCCUGGUGGAGAGUUGACUUGUUGAACGUCUACAGGAUAACCAGGGUUAGCAUCACUAAUCGUGGAGACUGUUGUGAAAAAAGGAUCGAGGGUAUUCAGAUCCGUAUCGGCAACAGCCUGGAGAAUAACGGCAACAAUAAUCAGCUGGCUGCGACUGUUGGGCCCAUCCCACUUGGAGACACAAAAACGUUUGAGUUCAAGCCUGUUAGCGGGCGAUACGUCAACCUUUUUCUGCCUGGACGCAAUGAAUACCUCACACUGUGUGAAGUUGAGGUAUAUUCAGAUUAAAUGUUACAAGAUGAUGUCACACCACAGUCCACUGAUUCUAUAAUCAAAAUUAAUCAAACUUCUGUUUUCUGAACAAUACUAAUAGUGUACAUUCUCAUUUUACCCAUGUACUUUAGCUUUAAUCAUUAAGAGCUCUUUUGUGCACAUUGAGAAAAAGUUUGAAUGGUGAAGGUUUAAAGCUUGGAAAUUGUGAACUUCAGUUUGCUGCUGGUUGUGUAUUUACACCCUGAUCAAACCCAUCUUUGUUCAUCUUUACUUUCUAAAUAAAUUACUACAGCACU